GCUAGCGCAUAAUCAAAAUGGCCCCGUCCUGAAUCAAAAGCGUGAAUCGCUGGUACGCCGUCGUUGAAAUCCAAUUUCACCCUUUAUUUUGAACAUUUUGAGGAAAAAAACUCGUGACGUUAAAGUUGUCCAUUCCCAAUCACUGGAUUGUGCGUACGCGUGGUCGCUAGUCUGUCAACAAACGUAUAAAAGAAAAACAGGCCAGUCGCCCGGCCAUCAUGCUGCCGCGCUACAGGCCAUGCGCCCGCCUUGCUGGGCUGUUCAAAUGGCACCAAAACCAACACCACCUUCACAGUAAGCCAGUCUUUGCUCUUCAGUCGAGCCGUGCAUUUUGUACGCCGCUAGCAAGCCAGACGUUCCUUAAAACGCCCGAGCUGCCGGCACCCGUGAUCACCAAAACCGCCGAAGAAACGCCGGAAAAAGCUGCCAAGUCGAAGCGCCCGAGAGGUAAGGGCGGGAGAAAAAACUUCAAGCGAACGGAGACGAACUCGGCCUUCGUCGACGCCGACCCGGACACUUUCGGCACGCUCGCCGACGGCUCGGAGCCGCUUCGCACCGGUGCCGAACUCCUGCCUGAGGACGACGAUGACGAUCCGUCCGUGCUUGUCCAUUUGGAUAGGUCGCCUGUGAGGGUAUAUGAGAAGCAGAUCAAGACCCUGGUUGACGAGCGAAAGAUCAAGGAGGCCCUGAACCUUUUCUUCGAGAUCCAGAAAGCGUACGGAGUUCGUCCGACCCACUCCAUGUUCACCAUGCUUAUCGGCGGCUGCGGACGCGUGGGGUACACCAAGAUGGCGUUCAAGCUCUUCAAGAGCAUGAGGGACCGUGCUAUGGAUCCGACGCCUGCCGUGCUGACGGGCCUGUUCAACGCAUGCGCGGAGGCCCCCUUCCGCGAGCUGGGCCUGGAGAAGGCGCAGCUGCUCUACGACCGAAUCCAGCUCAAGGGCUGGUUGCCGAGCAACAUCACCUACCACGCCAUGAUCAAGGCCUUCGGCAGGUGCGGCGACAUCGAGAUGGCCUUCAAGAUCAUGGACGAAAUGGCCGCGCAGAAGCACGCCAUCACGACGGAGACCUUUGCGUUCCUGCUCAUGGCAUGUAUCUCAGACAAACAGGCUGGCUUCACACUCGGCCUCAAGGUGAUGCGUCAGAUGCUGUGGAAGAAAAUCCGUCCCUCCAUCUACUGCUACAACCUGUUCCUGCGGACGGUUCGCGAGUGUGGCGUAGGUCCUCCAGAGCUGUUCCAGGAGCUGCUGGAUUCAGCCAAGCCGAAGCCAAAUCUUUCAGACAGCCAUGGAGCCGGCGGGAAGAAGGAACCCAAGGCCAAGACACUACUCAUUAAGGCUCGGGUACUUGAAGACGGCAUCUCAUCGACCUUCGCCGACGAGCCUAUUGUUGCCGAAGAGGUGGCGUCUGAAGCCAUCAAAGAGCCGCUCUUCACUGACGAGGAGCGGCUGUCUUCGGCGUCAUCUAGCUUGGCUGUCCUGCCCAAUCUUUUGUCGCCCAGCUUCAAGUACAAAGGCGACAUUGUUGGUCUUACCGAAGUCACUGAGGCUCAUCAAAGGUUGAUGGUGUGCGGCGGCGUGCCGGGGAUCAUGGACCACCUGCGCGACAUGUGCGUGCGCCCCGACGCCAAGACCAUCACGCUGCUGCUCGACUGCCUGCCGGCGGACUGCGACUCCGAGGUGGAGCUCAUCGGAGAGGCGGACAAGAUGGGCGUCAAGCUCGACGUCGACUUCUUCAACAUGCUCAUCAAGCGUAGGGCACUCCGUGGAGACAGGGAGCAGGCGCGGGACGUCCUGGAGCUCAUCAGGAGCCGUGGCCUGCACCCGGACGUCAUCACAUUCGGAGUCACGGCCCUGAGCAUCUUCUCAAAGAAGGAGGGCAGAGAGUUCCUCGAUUCUAUGAAGGCGGCAGGGCUGCGGGUGAACGAGGAGACCUGGGGCACCCUGGUGAACAACGCCUGCUACCGCUUCAACUUCUGGUUCCUGCUCGACCUGAUGCGGUUCGGCGAGCAGGAGGGAAUUGCCGUCAGUACGACGGCGCUGCGCUCCAUCGGCAAGGCCGACGCCAAGAUGCGGCAGAUGCUGCUCAAGAAGGAGAAAGGGACCACUUCUAGGUUUGUGACAGAGGCCUCGGAAAGCGGCUACGCUGAGUUCAGAAAAGUCUACGACGCCUGGCUCAAGAACACCAAGAUGGACUUGCCACGUCAUCCGUGGGAGCAGUAUGAACCAGAGAACAUGCGCAAGUCCAUAGCAGAACUCAAGGAAGAAGCUCAGCAAAAGACCGAAAAAACAUAAAAGAAAUGCGUGGCUCGGGUUUUCUUUCUUUUCUAUAGCAAUUUUUUUUUUUUUUUUUUUUUUUUUUUUUUUUAUAUAGAAGUUGGCACAAAACAUAGUUGAUAUCACUAGAAGAAAUGAACGCUGUCUGUACCAUCCCAAAAAUGUCUCUCCAGGACAGCUUCGGCAAAAGAAACAUGAAGAAACGAGGACACAGGACUUUGAGGUGGUGAAGAGUGCCAUUGUAUUUUUUAUGAAUAGAGCCUAUGUACAGAGUUCAA